AGGGAGCGCGCGCGCGGCUAGGGCGCGAGCCGGCCUGGGAGCUGCCAAGCCGAGCGCAGUGAGCGCGUCUCUGGGCGGCGGCGAGGACUGGGGCGGCGCGAUGGCUCCGGCCGUGGACCGGGAGGGCUACUGGGGUCCCACAACCUCUACGUUAGACUGGUGCGAAGAGAACUAUGCCGUGACCUGGUACAUCGCUGAGUUCUGGAAUACAGUCAGUAAUCUAAUUAUGAUCAUACCUCCAAUUUUUGGUGCAAUUCAGAGUGUUAGAGAUGGACUGGAAAAGCGGUAUGUUGCAGCUUACUUAGCACUCACAGUGGUAGGAAUGGGAUCCUGGUGCUUCCACAUGACUCUGAAAUAUGAAAUGCAGCUAUUGGAUGAACUCCCAAUGAUUUACAGCUGUUGCAUUUUUGUGUACUGCAUGUUUGAAUGCUUCAAGACAAAGAACUCAGUAAACUACCAUCUGCUUUUUACCUUAGUUCUAUUCAGUUUAAUAGUAACCACAGUUUAUCUUAAGGUAAAAGAGCCUGUGUUCCAUCAGGUAAUUUUUUUUAAAUUACCAUCCAUUUAUUU